AUGCUUAAGGAUGCAGCGGAAGGCGAUAUUUAUGAAAAACAGAAUAAUGCCGCCUAUAUGGAAAAUAUUUAUGUAUUGGAACGUACCGACCAAAUCACAGAAUUGCAAACCAUCAUAAUGGACAGGGAAACGAGUCAUUCAGAUUUCGUAUUCUAUGUCGAUCGUUUGAUUAGGCUGGUAGUUGAGGAGGGUCUGAACCGACUGCCUUACACAAACAUUGAAAUAGAAACUCCAGCACGUGUGAAAUAUAAAGGUAUUGCCUUUAGUCGAGGGAAUUGUGGUGUUUCGAUAUGUCGAGGAGGUGAGGCGAUGGAACAAGCUUUGCGGCAAUGUUGCAGAUCGGUUCGGAUUGGUAAGAUGUUGGUAGGUGACGACACAAGAUUGUUAUAUGCUCGAUUGAUGCCAGAUAUCAAGCAUCGAAGAGUACUACUUCUGUAUCCAUUACUCAGCACAGGUGCCACGGUGAUCAAGGCAGUGUCAGUAUUAGUAGAAAAUGGUGUAGUUGAAGGGAACAUUUUACUGUUGACUUUAUUUGCAACACCUGCCGGCAUUAAGCAAGUCAUGAGUCACUUCCCGAAAAUAUCCAUACUCACGAGUGAUAUCAGCCCAUUAAUACCGUUCUGGUUUACAACCAAAUAUUUUGGUACUGAUUAA